UUCUAUUGCUCUGUUCUUCUCUAAACACGUUUGAUUUUCCCAAAUCCCCACGACGAAAGCUUUCAACUUUCAGGACCAUUCAAGAAUCUCUUUAAAACCCACCUCUGAUAUUUUCUGAUCUCGUGCAAGACAAGGAAGGGUUUUGAUGGGUGCGAGUCACUCUGGUCUUCACAAGGAUCUGUCUUCGUCGUCUUCGUCUUGUUUAGGGGAUUUGCCAGAAGAUUGUGUGGCUCUGAUCAUUGAGAAUUUGGACCCCGUCGAGAUCUGUAGAUUGUCAAAUCUAAACAGGGCUUUUCGUGGCGCUUCAUGGGCUGAUUUCGUCUGGGAAUCGAAGCUUCCUCCGAAUUACGAGGCUUUUCUCGAGAGAAUCCUUGGCGAGUUCCCGGAAAAUCUUCAGAAAAGAGAUAUUUACGCUUGUCUCUGCAGGGUUAACUCAUUCGAUCAAGGCACCAAGAAGGUAUGGAUAGAUAAAAGAAGCGGUGGUGUUUGUCUAAGCAUUUCAGCUAAAGGCUUAUCAAUCACAGGUAUUGAUGAUCGUCGAUAUUGGAGUCAUAUUCCCACAGAUGAAUCUCGGUUUGCUUCUGUAGCUUACCUUCAACAAACUUGGUGGUUUGAAGUUGACGGUGAGAUUGAUUUCCCGUUCCCAGCAGGAACCUACAGUAUCUUCUUCAGGCUGCAGCUAGGUCAAUCUGGCAAGUGGUUUGGUCGACGGGUUUGUAAUACAGAACAAGUACAUGGUUGGGACAUUAAACCGGUUCGGUUUCAGCUCUGGACUGAAGAUGGUCAAUACUCCUCGUCUCAAUGCAUGUUGACCGAGCGGGGAAGGUGGAAUCACUACCACGCUGGAGAUUUUGUAGUCAGGGAAUCAAGAAGCUCAUCGACGAAGAUCAAGUUUUCGAUGACUCAGAUCGAUUGUACACAUACCAAAGGCGGGUUGUCACUAGACUCUGUAAUUAUAUACCCGAGCUCGUGUAAAGACCGGUUGAACCGGUUUUAAUGUUUCAACGGGAGUCAGGUUUAGUGAGAGGUCAAAGCUGGGUUUUUUUUUAUAGGAUCUUUAGGCUAUUGUAGAUGUGGUUACAUGUUAUAGUUAUCAACCUUUUGUUAGAGAAUGAUUGUGUCUCGUUGAUUUCAGUAGUUUGUAAACAGUAUGGUAUUGUGUUAGACCUCUGCAAGCUAAUGGGAUUGCACAUAGCAUCUACACUUUGAAUAUGAUCAAAUUGCUUUUGUAUGAGUUGCAUUGUUUUGGUGGUAAGUCGUGAAGCUUGAAUUUAAGCAUGAC